AUGGCGGAGAUUGAGAAUUCAUCUCAAAUGACGGUUUCCGCCGAAGCAAACAGCGCCUGCUCGUUCGGCGAUCUCGCCUCUCCGCCGUUGCCGCCGACGAAGAAGAAGCGGAAUCUCCCCGGAAUGCCAGAUCCAGAAGCGGAAGUAAUCGCGCUAUCGCCAAAGGCGUUGAUGGCGACGAACCGAUUCGUGUGCGAGAUCUGCAACAAAGGAUUCCAGCGGGACCAGAACCUGCAGCUCCACCGGCGAGGCCACAACUUGCCGUGGAAGCUGAAGCAGAGAGGGACCAAGGAGCCACGUAAGCGGGUCUACGUGUGCCCCGAACCGACCUGCGUCCACCACGACCCGGCCCGAGCUCUCGGCGACCUGACCGGAAUCAAAAAACACUUCUGCCGAAAACACGGCGAGAAGAAGUGGAAGUGCGAGCGUUGCUCGAAGAAGUACGCCGUCCAGUCCGACUGGAAAGCUCACAUGAAGACCUGUGGAACUCGCGAGUAUAAAUGCGAUUGCGGCACUUUGUUCUCAAGGAGGGACAGCUUCAUCACUCACCGGGCGUUCUGCGAUGCGCUGGCGGAGGAGACGAUAAGAACGACGAAUGUGCAAUCGGUGACGAACAAUCAUCCAGCUAAUGGUAAUGAGAAGAUGGCGGUGGCGGGAGUGGGGGUGGCUUCGCCACCACCACCGCCGCUUACGCCGUCGACAACCGUGGUUUCGCCGGGAAACUCUGUCCAAAGCUCAGAAUUAGCAGAGAAUCCAACCAUCUUGCCUUCCUCGGCCGUGACGACCGCAGCCGCCGCACCGGCGGCAGCUGCCAGCACGAGCUCAACGUGUACUACUUCAACCAGCAACGUCUUCGCCAGCAUAUUCACCACCACAACCACAUCGACGACUGCGGCGGGGAGCUUGUCGUUCUCCAAUCUGCUCCAGACUUUCACUCCACCGGACUGCCCGGUCACUAUGCCGACCAUCAUGGAGCCUCCGCCGUCGCUGUCUUUAUCCCCGCCGCCGCUCUACUUCUCUUCCCCAUCUGCCGGCGGAGGAGGAGUUCAAGACCACCACCACCAUCAGUCGGGUCAUCACUACGGCCAGGCGACGAUGUCGGCCACCGCACUGCUCCAGAAGGCGGCGCAGAUGGGGGCGACGACGUCGAACCCGUCGUUCCUCCGGAGUUUGGGCCUGCAAAUGUCGUCUUCGUCGUCGGUGACUUCUCAUACCGAGGAUCGGCAUAUUGGCAAUCACCACCGUCAUCAUCAGUGGGACGUGAAGCAGGAGUCUGGAAGUGGGCUUGGGCUCGGCCUGGGCCAGCCCUUCGGGCCCACUACACUUGACCUUCUCGGCCUGGGCUUGGACUCCAGCUCCGCUCUCCUGAGCUCUUACAGCAAUGGCUUCAACUAUGCUGCUGCCGCAGCAGCUGCGGCCGCCGGCUCAUACGGCGGCGGUGGAGGAGGAGGAGGAGGAGGAGGGAGGAGCUCGGAGGAGACAUGGGAUAAUAGUACCGGCGGUGGGGCGGAGAGAAAGACUAAUGGUUCAGCUGCCUCGCUGUAG